AUGCUGAUUGCUGACUGGGUGAUAUGGGGGAAGGUAGCCUGUUGUUCCCUUUUCCACCAUCCCGCAAUCGGGUCUAUCAUGCUGUGCAACCUGAUCGAAAAUGGCUCUGAUCACCGUCCAUCUGCUCACGGUGCCAUGCGAAGGGCCAGCCGGUUUCCCACACGCACACACGCGAGAGAGAGGGAGAGACCCGGUAUGCCCCGGAUGCUGACUGGGUGCCGCGCGAUGAUGGAACCGGCGCGACAGGGAUCUGGACGGUUGAUUGCAUCGUCGGUGCAUGGACCAAUGAUGCCCAUCCCCGACCAUUGGACAAAACUCCAGCCGACGAAGUACGAGGCUGGGCCCGACUGGAGGUCGCUGUUCGGUCCCCUUAGUGUCCGGUUAGCCCAAGCGUGGCUUGGCUUGGACCGGAUCAUCAUCAGCAACAGCAGCAACAUACUUUGGGGCGCGGAAUAUCCCGUCCAGAUUACGGAAGCCCAUCAGUGA